ACCGGCCUGGCGCCGCCCGAAGCGAGAUGAAUGUAGAAGCAGAACAACAGCUUCUCCACAAUGCUAGAAAUGGAAACUCUGAAGAAGUCCGGCAACUGUUGGAAACCCUGAAGAAAAAAGAAGUUUCUUUUAAUAUCAACUGCAAAGGCAGAAGCAAAUCUAACUUGGGCUGGACUCCUCUUCAUCUUGCAUGCUAUUUUGGGCAUACUGGAGUCGUGAAGGACUUGCUGAAGGCUGGUGCUGAAGUAAACGUGCUAAAUGACAUGGGAGACACUCCACUGCAUCGUGCAGCUUUCACUGGACGCAAGGAGGUGGCUAUGCUGCUUUUGGAAUAUGGAGCUGAUACUUCCAUUGUUAAUGGGAAUGGGCAAACAGCGAAAGAUGUUACACAUAACAAAGAAAUACGAGAGAUGCUUGAAGCUGUGGAAAGGACCCAAGAAAGAAAAUGCGAGGAAGUCCUCCUAGGAGCUGCAAGAGAAGGUGAAACUGGAAAGCUGACAGAAAUGUUAAACAGGCCAAAGCCUCCUGACAUUAACUGCACAGAUCCGAUGGGAAAUACACCACUGCAUUGUGCAGCGUAUCGGGCCCACAAGCACUGUGCUUUGAAGCUACUCAAAGCUGGAGCGAACCCCAAAAUAAAAAAUAAAAAUGGUCAGACACCCUUGGAUUUGGCUCAAGGAGCAGAAAUGAAACACAUACUUGGAGGGGGAAUUGGGAAGGUGAUCAACAAACCUCUGAAACGAUAUGAAGGUCUACUGUGGAAGAGUUCAAGAUUUUUUGGCUGGAAACCUUAUUGGGUAGUACUGGAACAUGGAGUCCUUUCCUGGUACCAAAAACAGGUUGAUAUAGGAAAUAGUAACUGCCGUCAAGGAUGCAAGCACUUAACACAAGCCAUUUGCACAGUAAAAAGCGCAGAUGGUUGCCUAUUCUCUGUCAAAUGCUUUGAUAAUACAAUUUACAGUUUUAAAGUCCCUAAGACCAACCCUCAGCAAUCAAGAGUGAACUGGGUGCAGGCUAUAGAAGAACAUUCAGCAUAUAGUACACACUACUGUACUCAGGAACAGUGGAGUGACAAUGAGGAAGAAGAUGAUCCAGUAUCAGCUGCUGUAUUGCAAGAUUCACUUAAAAAGGCACAGACAUGUCAACAAAGACUAGAUAAAGAGAUUUCCAGUUUCGUCGCCUUGAUAAAGUCCUGUGACACCACUCAAGGUGUCCCCAUUUCAUUUCUCAAGAAAGCUGAAGUGGUCUCUGAAACAUCAAGAGAAACUUGUGAAGCCCUGAGUAACUGCCUGAAACUCUUCACUAAGCAAGAAGGGGUGAGGAAUCUGAAACUAGAGCAUGAGCAAGAGAAAAACAAGAUCUUAUCAGAAGCCCUGGAAACACUAGCCACCGAGCACCAUGAACUGGAGCAGUCACUAGUCAAAGGAUCACCACCUCUGAGCAUCCUUAGUGAGGAACAGUUCUAUGAUGCUGUUUCAGAUUCAGAAUCCGAAAAAUCAUUGAGUGGAUUUGAAACUGUGACAUCUUAUUCAUUAGACGACAGUGUGGACUCCAGUGAUACUAUAACAUCUGACAUGUCUGAAGAGAAAGGCUGUAAAAGUGGAGAGACUUUGUCAAAUGGCAUCAAAAAACGCAGGACAAGCUUGCCCUCUCCAAUGUUUUCAAGAAAUGAUUUCAGUAUUUGGAGCAUCUUAAGAAAAUGCAUCGGAAUGGAGCUGUCCAAGAUCACUAUGCCAGUCAUUUUUAAUGAACCACUGAGUUUCCUUCAGCGACUGACAGAAUAUAUGGAGCAUACGUAUUUAAUUCACAAAGCCAGCUCUCUUUCUGAUCCAUCUGAACGAAUGCAGUGUGUAGCUGCCUUUGCUGUCUCUGCUGUUGCAUCUCAGUGGGAACGUACAGGAAAGCCGUUCAACCCAUUACUUGGAGAGACGUAUGAACUGGUUAGAGAAGAUCUCGGAUUCAGACUCAUCUCAGAACAAGUUAGUCAUCACCCACCCGUCAGUGCUUUUUAUGCUGAAGGACUGAAUAAUGACUUUGUGUUUCACGGUUCCAUUUAUCCUAAGCUCAAAUUCUGGGGGAAGAGUGUUGAAGCAGAGCCCAAGGGGAUAAUAACUCUGAAACUUCUUGAACACAAUGAAGCGUAUACAUGGACAAAUCCUACUUGCUGUGUGCAUAACAUCAUUGUUGGCAAGCUGUGGAUUGAGCAAUAUGGAAAUAUGGAAAUAACAAAUCACAAGACUGGUGAUAAGUGUGUGUUAAAUUUCAAACCAUGUGGCCUUUUUGGGAAGGAAUUGCACAAAGUUGAAGGCUACAUUCAGGACAAAAGCAAAAAGAAAUUAUGUGCACUCUAUGGGAAAUGGACUGAUUGUUUGUACAGUGUUGACCCUGCCACGUUUGAAGCUUACAAAAAAAAUGACAAGAAAAACACAGAAGAUAAGAAAAACAAUAAACAGAUGGGUGAUUCAGAUGAACCAGAUGAGGUGCCUUUGCCAGAUUCUGAAACUGUGUGUGUUAUUCCCGGAAGUGUUUUGUUGUGGAGGAUAGCUCCCAGGCCAGCAAACUCAGCACAGAUGUACAACUUCACUACCUUUGCAAUGACUUUGAAUGAACUGGAUAAAGAAAUGGAAAGUAUUAUUCCUAAAACUGACUGCAGAUUACGGCCAGAUAUAAGAGCAAUGGAAAAUGGUGAAAUAGAUUUAGCUAGCGAAGAAAAGAAAAGGCUUGAAGAAAAACAAAGAAUUGCCCGCAAAAACAGGUCUAGGUCAGAAGAAGACUGGAAGACGAGGUGGUUUCAUCAGGGUCCUAAUCCCUACACUGGUGGACAUGACUGGAUUUACUCUGGGAACUACUGGGACAGAAGCUACUUUAACUUGCCUGAUAUUUAUUAAGAUGCAUUGGGAAGCCUGAGGCUAACAUUAACAAGUCUUAAUCAGUUUUCAGUGUUUUCCCUUAUUCCUAUACUUAAAACUGACUUCUAAUUGAAUAUAUUAUUAAGCAGCUUCUGCAGCAGCUGUGGUGGCACAAGAUUGUUCUUUGGGAGGAAAUAUUUUUAUCACUCUCCCUAUA